AUGUCACACAUCCAAGAACCGACCUCUCGUGAGAUCAAUGGUGACACAAGAAUUCAUGGAAAUUCAUCAACAAUAUUUUUUGUUUCAACUGAUCAAUUAGCAGCUGAAAAAAACAUUGCAUGGAGCAUAAGACCAUAUGCUAUAAAACGUGACAACAGAGCAAUGGGCAGUGUUACAAACUUAACAGUCAAAAAAGUUCAUCUUUCACAACAAAUCCCAAUUUGCACUAGAAAUUAUAUUGUCCCUGCCGUUGUUUUUUCAACUAAAGGAUAUGCUGGAAAUCACUUCCAUGAUUUCACUGAUGUGCUAAUUCCAUUAUUCCAAACUUCGAGACGUUUCAAUGGUGAAGUCCAAUUUCUGAUUAAUUUUUCAACUAAAGGAUAUGCUGGAAAUCACUUCCAUGAUUUCACCGAUCCAAGCUUUUUGACAUUGCGAUUUAUAGCUACUAAUGAGCAAGACACAGUAAAGGAAAUCAUAAUCCAAGGCAGUCAAAGUUUAAACAAGCAAGUUAUCGAAAAUAGAAAUCAUGUUAUUAAGGUGUUGGAUAGUGGAAAGCUGAUCAGUGAUCAUAAGCAGCAGCAGUCGGCAUUAUCAAAAGUUAAAACUAGCACUGGUGGAGAAAUUAAAAAUGAAUAUUUUAACUCUAACAUGGACACAUUUUAA